UCAAAACUAUAAGUUCAAUUUCGUUAUGAAAUCUUAUUUUUAUCAUUCAAAUAUUAUUUUCUGAACUUAAAAAAUAUAAAUAUGCUUACAAAUCGGGAGUACAUCGGGAGAUGCUGUCGUGCUGUCGUGCUUUCGUGCUGUUCCGACAGCUCCGACAGCACCUCUCGAUUUGACCUGAUUUGAGCACAUAUUUAUAAUUUUAAAGUUCAGAAAAUAAAUAUGAGAGACCAACGAAAGAUUUCAUGCUGAAAUAUUGAUGAAAAUUGGUAAAACCGCCGGUAUUUACUAUCUGCUGUCUGCUGUUUGCUGUCUGCUUCCCGACUGCUUCCCGCUUAAGCUGAUGCAGCCCUAGUUGGACCGUGCAAUGAACUUGGUGCACGUGCGCGCACACUGUACUGCAAUGCUGCCGAGCCCCUUUCUCCAGCACAUUUCUCUGUCCCUCGACCAGGCGAUCGAACCUCGCCGCGAUGGAGCGAAAACUCAUUGGAAUAUUGCUGCCAUUGUCAACCUCGGCAGGGGCGUGGUGGGCCUCAGCCUGGAAGUUUUCACUUCAUGACCACUGCUGUUCAACCUCGCCAGUCUCGCCUGGCUGUUGUGUGUACGGGCCAGCGGCCGGGCCAACAACAUCAAUUGGACGCACUCACGUCCGCGGUACGGAUUGGACCUCGCGUGCAUAACCAUGAACGGCGGCUUCCAAGACUUGCGGAAUACAGGCUAUUUAUUAUGAUGGAAAUGUAACUUCUCCUGUUAUUUAAACGAGGGUGUCGUUCCUCCUCAGGCUGUUAGGUGACACCUGUUCACUUGUCAAAUUUUGUGGUGUGAACAUGGAGCCAUUCAACGAGGAGACACUUCAAAAUAUGGGUGGUAAAGGAUCCAGGAAAAGGAAACAAGCACUUCCUUUACAUUGCCUUGAAACUUCACAACCCAGCUUGUCUCUAAAUGGCUUGUCAACCACAAUGCACACAGGACACGCAGCAGCUUCUUCUGCCUUUUUUACACCUGGUGUGGGCAUGGAAUCUCAAGCGUUUUUUAACCUAGAAGCUGAGGUUGAUGAGGAUAGUGAUGGUGAUAAUGUGAUCCCUAGUGGAAAUCUUUUCAGCGAUGCUGAUGAUGACAGUGACUCUGAUGAUGAAGACAUAAUGCUGCCAGAAGAAGACGUAAAAGUGACGUGUACUUGGGAUGAAAUUGAGCACACAUCCUCCCUAGAAAUACCGGAGUAUCCUGAUGGUGAAAAGCUCCUGAUUGCACCUGAUAGGUUUGACCCAUAUGAUCUCUUCCGCCUUUUCCUUACUGACGAGAUUCUCUCACUCUUAGUUGAGGAGACAAAUAGGUAUAUUCGCCAGGAGAGCACAAGGGCAAGAAAGUGGAUAGAUGUCACAAUUCCAGAAAUGAAGUCGUAUCUAGCUAUAGUAAUAAUUAUGGGCUUAAACCGUCAGCCAUCAUUAAAAGACUAUUGGUCAACGAACUCUGAAAUUUAUGGCUGUGAUUUAAUCAGAAGAAUUAUGACAAGAGCUAGAUUCCAGGCAAUCACUGGAAGCCUUCACUUUGCAAAUAAUGAGACUGCAAAUAGCAAGAGUCCCAUUUACAAGCUCCAGCCUUUACUUGACAUGUUGAACAGUCGUUUUAAGGCUGUCUUGAGUCCUGGAAAGCAGUUGACCAUUGAUAAAUCUCUCAUAAAAUUGAGGAAACGCCUUCGGUUUCGUGUGUGUCACCAAGAUGCCGCUCAACAAAUCAGGGCGUACAAGCUGACGACGCUGGAUUCAUAUCACCUGAACAUCCAGGUCCAUUGUACAUCUACGAACGACGAUUUAGAACGGUUUCCUACCGCCCAGUCCAUUGUAAUGGAGCUCAUGAACAAUUACCUUGACAACGGAAGGAUCGUUUACGCAAACCACAUCUUUUCAACCAUCCCUUUAGUGGAAGCUCUAGCUCAGAGAUCAACAUUUUACUGUGGCCCUCUUGCCCACAAUCGCCUGGAGCUUCCUCCUCAAGUCACAACAGGAUCACUAAAAAAGGGGGAUAUCAUCGGAUGUCAGUGUCAACAUGGGACUAAGGUAGUAAACUGGAAGGACAGAAGAAACCUACUGAUGAUCUCCUCCAUUCCACAACACGACUGCACUCUUCACUCCUACUCUGAAGAACACACUUCAAAGCCGCGCUGCCUCCUGGAUUAUAAAAUGGCCAAGGAUGGCGUUGACGUGAACGACUGGACAUCUGUCUAUCAUAAAUCCCCAUACCGAGGAUUCAAGUGGUAUAGAAAGCUUGGCCUCGAGCUCAUCUGCAAUAUCUGUGUUGAAAAUGCCUGGGCACUGCAGCCCUAUGGACCUCAGGGGCGACGUCUCCCCAUCACCAAAUUUAGAGAAGAGAUAGUUCUAAGGCUCGUGCAAGAGGGUGUCCCCGUGGCUCAUCCAGCAGCCCCCGAGAGGUCUAUGCACACUCUUAUAGAGAUCGUCGGCACGACAAGUAAAGACGGUCGCAGGUGCACUGUGUGUUACAGGGCACUCAUCGCCAGCGGCAUGCUGCGAAAGGAAGCCGGCAUCAAGGCGAAAAAGGUUUUGACGCGUUGCGACACUUGCCCCAAAGGACCAUUCAUGUGUCUAUCCUGCUUCAACUACAGCCACAGGCACCACUAAGGUCGGAUUGCGGUGCAAAUUCCUUUUCAAAGCCCCUAGGUUUUCUAUGGUCUGGCUAUGGACAAUAUCCCCUCUGGGAGUUGGAUAAAGUGUAGAUGUCUGUUAAAAUGUCACAAGAAAUGACGUGGCGGUUUCUCACUAUAUUUGUA